AUGAGUUCGGCAACGCGACCUUCAAGCGGUGGAGGCGGCGGAGGAAUUCGUGGCUUUUUCUCCAAACUUCGGAAACCUUCCGACCAGGUUCAAGUUGGAACUCGGAUAUUUGAGGCUCAUGAGUUGCAAAAGCUAAUUCCGCAAAUGGAGGAAUCCAUUCAGCGGAAGGAUCAUUUGCUAAUGCAGCAACAGAAGGACUUAGAAAACCAUCUGGAGCGCAUUGCUGAAUUGGAAGCUGAAGUUACAUCUCUCCAGAGGGAGUGUGACAAACUGAGAUCUGUUCUCGACCAAAAAGCCACAUCUGCUGCUAGUCCAGGUGUUCCAGCCUCUCCUACUGGCUCUCGUACAGAGCAAUUAGGAAACGAUCUUCAACAGAAGGCUGUCUUACCUAAUGACGUUAGAUCUAAGAAACUUGCUGUUUCUGCUGAGCCCACUAAUUUCGAACAAACUAAGGCUACACUUCAACAUCAUAGCAAAACAGCUGGGUCUAAACAACUGAUCCGGGAUGCUGUUCAGAAGAAUGAUUUCCUCAAGCAAUUAGCUAAAGAACAGAUUAUUGAAUUGGUUGAAUGCAUGUACGAGAUGAGAGCAAGAGCAGGACAAUGGGUUAUCCAAGAGGGUGAACCAGGAGAUCGCCUGUUUGUGGUUGCAGAGGGAGAACUUCAAGUUUCUCGGGAAGGACAACUAUUGGGAAUGAUGAAAGCUGGAACUGUGAUGGGAGAAUUGGCUAUUUUAUACAACUGUACUCGCACUGCUUCUGUCCAAGCUAAAACUGACGUCCAAUUAUGGGUACUCGAUCGAAGUGUUUUCCAACAAAUCACCCAGCGACUUGGAAUGGAGAGACAUGCGCAAUUAAUGAGCUUCUUGAGCAAGGUCAGCAUUUUCGAACAUUUAACCGAGGAUCGAAUUGCCAAAAUUGCGGAUGUAUUGGAUCAAGAUUAUUAUGCUGGUGGGCAUUACAUAAUUCGACAAGGAGAGAAGGGAGACACAUUCUUUAUUAUCAACAGUGGCCAAGUGAAAGUUACAAGAACAUUUGAGAAUGAAACACGAGAAAUCCGCGUACUUGGACAGGGUGAUUUCUUCGGAGAACGAGCUUUAUUGGGAGAAGAAGUACGCACGGCAAACAUAAUUGCGCAAGCGCCGGGAGUAGAAGUUCUGACUUUGGACAGAGAUUCAUUUUUGAAACUCAUUGACUUGGAUUCUAUUCGUAAAGAUUACGGAGAUGAUGCUCGUGGAGGAGUGCCUGAGCCUCCUAGUCCCGAUAAACUCGGAAUUAUGGAUGAUAUCCGAGCGGAAUUCGAGAGUAUUAAGUUAACAAAUGUUAAAAGAUUGGCAACUCUUGGUGUUGGCGGCUUCGGUCGUGUCGAACUUGUCUGUCUUAACAGUGAUAAAUCCAAAACAUAUGCUUUAAAAGCCUUAAAGAAGAAACACAUAGUCGAUACUAGACAACAAGAGCACAUCUUCGCCGAACGUAACAUAAUGAUGGAAACGAACUCGGAUUGGAUCGUUAAGCUUUAUAAAACUUUCCGAGAUACUAAGUUUGUGUACAUGCUUCUGGAGGUCUGUCUCGGAGGUGAACUAUGGACUACUCUCCGUGAUAGAGGUCAUUUCGAUGAUUACACAGCUCGUUUCUACGUUGCCUGUGUUCUUGAAGGACUUGAGUAUCUUCAUCGAAAACAUAUUGUCUAUCGGGAUUUGAAACCUGAGAAUUGUCUUCUUACAGACACUGGAUAUCUCAAAUUGGUUGAUUUCGGAUUUGCUAAGAAAUUGGCUUCUGGAAGAAAAACUUGGACGUUCUGCGGAACUCCUGAGUAUGUUUCUCCAGAAAUUAUUCUGAAUAAAGGUCACGAUCAAGCAGCUGAUUACUGGGCGUUAGGUAUUUACAUUUGUGAACUUAUGUUGGGACGUCCACCAUUCCAAGCUAGUGAUCCAAUGAAGACUUACACCUUAAUCUUGAAAGGUGUUGAUGCUCUCGAAAUUCCCAAUAGACGUAUUGGUAAAACAGCUACUGCUCUCGUUAAGAAGCUCUGUCGUGAUAACCCAUCCGAACGAUUGGGUUCUGGAAGCGGAGGAGUAAAUGACAUUCGUAAACAUAGAUGGUUUAUGGGCUUUGACUGGGAAGGAUUGAGAACUCGUACUUUGAAGGCUCCAAUUCUACCUAAGGUUUCCAAUCCAACUGAUGUGACCAACUUUGAUAAUUAUCCACCUGAUUUGGAUGUUCCACCCGAUGAGUUCUCAGGAUGGGAUGAUGGUUUCUAA